GCUGAGGAAAGUUGAAGCGAUUGUUGUUUUCUUGCCAUAAAUCACUGUGAAUGCAUUCAAUCAGGACUUGUUUGUCUUUCCUGUCCUCUUUCUCCUCCGCUUAAGGCCGGCCAAUAAAUGACGAUAACUCUCUGACAAAUCAUACCCCCCCCCCCCCCCCCCCCUUCCCUCUUCUCUUCGCUCGAAAUCUUUCCCCAAUAUUAUUUGAUCCAAUCGACGUCGCAAUAGCCCCGUUUGACUUCUCCCCCAAGAGCAAUCAACAACAAUAGCGGCUUCUUUGAAAGUGGGUCGUUCUCAAUUUGGCUGUACCCGCGUUAGUUCGAUCUCAAUUUGUCGUCAAAAAAUCAGGUUUUCGAUUGAAUAUCUGCGUUCGAUCCAAAUGGUCUGUUUCAAUAGCACAAUUUCGAUUGAUCGACAGGUCGUCAUGGCCAAAUCUGUGAAAUCAACCGAACCCUCUCCCAAAUUGAGGAAUAAGAGGGCGCCCAAUCUGCCGAAUCGCUCAACCGUUCCGGCCUGCCACCGGUCUCGAUCGGCCGCGAUCGAUGUGAUGAUCUUGAUCGCGGUGAUUGGUGCUUGUGGGUUUCUAUUGUUUCCCUAUAUAAAGCUUUUGGUGUUCAAUUCUUUUGAGAUCAUCCAAACUAUGGUUCUUGCGGUGAGAGAGGAGAUUUCAGCCGCUCCGAUGAUUUAUGGCUGUUUGGGGCUGAACAUUGCGUGUGUGAUGAUUGCCGCCACGGCAAUUACGGUGUGUAUGAGCCGGAAAUGCGGCAAGCCGGGCUGCCGGGGGCUGCACAAGGCGGCCGAGUUUGAUAUCCAGCUUGAAACCGAGGAGUGUGUGAAGAAUUCGGGUGGUGUGAUGAAGGACUGUGUGAAGAAAGGAUUGUUUGAAUUACCAAGGGAUCACCAUAGAGAAUUGGAAGGUGAGCUCAAGAAGAUGGCACCCCCUAACGGAAGAGCUGUUCUCGUGUAUCGGGCUAGGUGUGGCUGUUCGGUUGGCAGAAUGGAAGUUCCUGGCCCGAAGAAGCAUCGAAAGGUUAAGAAGUAGUGUUCAUAUGGCGGUUAAUUUUAUUAUAGGAAGUACAUUGAAUAGAGUACCAGGUAUAAUGCAGAGAGGAGUGCCUUUUAUGGCCAAUCUUCUUUUGAACCAUAUUGUCUUUUAAGUUUGAAUAAGCUCAUAGCAAAGUUGUAAGGAUAAUAUAUAUAGUUGGCCAUACAAAAUACAAGAAUCCUUUCUUUCAUCA